CGGGAGCCUCCCGCGCGGCCGCGGCGCCCGCCACCCACGCACCCACCGCGCGGCGCGCGCUCCAGCGCCAACCGCCGGCAGCUCCUGGCCCCGCGCCGCCGGGCCCGUCAGCCGGGCUCGCCACGAAGUUAUCUGAGGUCACAGGGGGCCCAGAAGUCGAGGAUUCUUCUUCUGACUUAUUGUUAGAAGGCCAUCAGCAGCCCAGCACCCCACCACCACGCCUGCCUCCUUCGCCUCGCCCCAUCUCACAUCGGCAUUUUAUCAUCUCACAGCGUCACGAGAAGGGCAUUCCAUAACUCACUAUUGCUUGGACCCCAAAGGACAAUUCAGGAGUACAAUUAAGAUUUGUCUGACUGUAGAACAGCAGGUUCCCUUCAGUCAACUGCUUUCUUAGUAGAAGCACAGAACUUACUUCAAACAUUGAACGAUGAAUCAGCACCUGCCAAAUUUUUGAGACAGCUCGCCGGCUUAGAGGAAGGCUCAUCUAAAUAAAGGCCGGCUAAAGUGACGUCGCAGGGACUUAAUCCUUCUCAGGCAGCCCGGCAGGCAGCCCGUGUGACCAGAAGGCAGAUUUGCAAGUUUCUUCUUUCCUGGGGUUCAGAUCAUUGGGCCCCGGGGGGGGGGGCCCUGCAACUCUCCAGCAGGAAAAGUGCAAAAUGAAGGGGGUCGGAGCUGAAGGCCAGCAGCAGGGACCUGGGGGCCUCCGAGGGGCCCUUACACACCAGAGUGGAAGAUUCUCAGGCCGUCAAAGGAAAUAGCAAACUGGAGCCUUUGUCUCGGGUGCGGGCACCUACCACAGAGCAUCAGACCGCAUGGGCCGCUGGACGGUUCCUGGAGCCCAGACAGGAAAGCGGUGAUGGUGACUGGGUGUGUGCCCGCCGGACCGCGAGCGCUGGGCCGUGCACCGUGAAGAAGCGGUGGGAUGUCCGCAGUGAGGGGGGCAGCUCUCGGCUUGGCGGGGCAGGCUCUGCCGGCCUGUCCGCCUCUGCCCUCGUCUCCCUGAAGCCUCAAAGGGGACUGCGUGCUCUGCAGGCCGGCGGUCACCGACGCGAGGCUCUGACCGGCCCCAACUCCCCUCGCCCACCCCCUUGGCCCUGGCGCCGCUCCUCACCUGCCUUCCACCGGAGCCUCUCGGCCGAGACGGAGAUGCGAGCCUGUGGUGGACGAUGACCGCGGUGUACGCGCAUGGAGGCGGCCUGGUGACCCCCCACUACGCCCGGUGGGAUCGGCGGGAGAGCGUGGAAAGCGGCAAGGACGAGGAGCACGGGCAGCCCCGCCGGCUGACGCCCUUUGAGAAGCUGACGCAGGACCUGUCCCAAGAUGAGAAGGUGCUGAGGGAGAUCACGCUGGGGAAACGGAUUGGCUUCUACCGGAUCCGAGGGGAGAUCGGCAGCGGGAACUUUUCCCAAGUCAAGCUCGGGAUUCACUCCCUAACCAAAGAAAAGGUGGCCAUUAAGAUCCUGGACAAGACCAAGCUAGACCAGAAAACCCAAAGGCUACUAUCCCGUGAAAUUUCCAGCAUGGAAAAACUGCACCAUCCCAACAUCAUCCGUCUGUACGAAGUUGUGGAGACCCUAUCCAAGCUCCACUUGGUCAUGGAGUAUGCAGGGGGUGGGGAACUCUUUGGAAAAAUUAGCACCGAAGGGAAGCUCUCAGAGCCGGAAAGCAAGCUCAUCUUCUCCCAGAUUGUGUCUGCUGUGAAGCACAUGCACGAGAACCAAAUUAUUCAUAGAGACCUGAAGGCAGAAAACGUAUUUUAUGCCAAUAAUACCUGCGUGAAGGUGGGUGACUUUGGAUUCAGCACCGUAAGUAAAAAAGGCGAAAUGCUCAACACCUUCUGCGGGUCGCCCCCCUACGCCGCGCCCGAGCUUUUCCGGGACGAGCAUUACGUGGGCGUUUACGUGGACAUCUGGGCGCUGGGGGUGCUGCUGUACUUCAUGGUGACGGGCACCAUGCCCUUCCGGGCAGAGACCGUGGCCAAGCUGAAGAAGAGCAUCCUGGAGGGCGCGUACAGUGUGCCCCCGCACGUGUCGGCGCCCUGCCUCCGCCUCAUCCGCGGGGUCCUCCAGCCGGUGCCCGCCGACAGGCACGGCAUCGACUCCAUCAUGAGCAACGAGUGGAUGCAGGGGGUGCCGUACCCCACCCCUCUGGAGCCUUUCCAGCUGGACCCCAAACAUCUGUCUGAAACCGGCACCCUCAAAGAAGAAGAAAAUGAGGUCAAAAGCGCUCUAGAACAUUUGGGUAUUACGGAAGAGCACAUCCGCAACAACCAAGGGAGAGACGCCCGGAGCUCCAUCACGGGCGUCUACCGGAUCGUCCUGCACAGAGUGCAAAGGAAGAAGGCUUUGGAAAGCGUCCCGAUAAUGCUGCUGCCGGACCCUAAAGAAAGGGACCUAAAGAAAGGGUCCCGUGUCUAUAGAGGCAUAAGACACACAUCUAAAUUUUGUUCAAUUUUAUAAAUUGCGUUAAACUCCUGGUCAUUAUCCAAGAGCAUUGUUGCUGCUUUUAAAUUUUUUCAUGGACAACUUGGGUGGAGACAUUUUUGUAAUGUUUAAAUAAAUUUAAAUUUAAGAUAUGCAUUUCCCCCCCUUCCAACCAAGUCUAGAUUUGCUCUCUUGUUCUUAACCUCGAGCAGUCAUUCAUUUGUUUAAUCAAGAAAUAUUUACCCAGAGCCUCCUAUGGGCCAGGCACUCUUCCAGGUGUGGAGGAAAGAGCGAGCAGUGGGACGGGCUGGGCCCUUGCUCCCCUGUGCAGGAUGUUCCAGAGCUGGACAAAGGCACUGACGGAAAACCAUGUAAGUACAGCGCGAGAUAGUGACAGCCGCUCCUGCCAACCCCACGUUAGGGGCCUUGUCGUCAGCGUGUUUGGGUGCAUCUACACUGUUUUUCCUAACUUAGGCCACAGUGUCCCAGUCUGCUCCUAUUCAGGCUCUGACUUUGAUCCAGAACUGUCAGGACAGUGUUUCAUCCCAUCUGCAGCUCAGCCAACCGCCCGGUUAGACCCCAGGCCUCUUUCUGGUACUUUUCCCUGGGCUGCGGGAGGUCAGGCUCUCCUCAACCCCAGCCCCAGUGGGCCUUGAGGUGGGAGUUGGCUCACCUAGGCCUGUAUUUUUACCCCAGGCUUCCCAAGCAGUUAAUAAAAACUAGCCAAGCGCACAGUCUUUCUCACGGGCCCCUGCUGGUCAAGCGCCACGGGUACUGGGAGAGCCCGCCAGCCCUUGUCCGCCUGCACCGAGACAGGAGUCUGGGUGGCCAUCAUGCUGUUCCCACACGCCGGGGCCAGUCAGCGUCUGCUCAGCAACAGCCCCUUAUGUCCUGUUGUUAACAAAUUACUACGAGUGUCGCUGCUUAAGCAACGUGAAUUACUAUCUGACAGUUCUGAGGUAGAAACAAGUCCACAUCAGGUCUCCCCGGUGCUAAGACCAAGGUGGCAUCAGGGCUGGGUUCCUUUUUGCAGGAUCUAGAGAAGAAUCCAUUUCCUCGCUGUGUGUGCUUCUAGAGGCUGCCCACGUUCCUUGGCUCAUGAUCGCCCUCCUCCUUCUGCAAAGCCAGCAGUGUUGCAUCUCUCUGGCCCUCGAUCUACAGUCAUAUCUCCCUCUGAUCGCAUUUGCUUUUGCCAAGUAAGGUAACAUAGUCACAAGUUCCAGAGGUAGUCAUCUUCAAGGAUGGCGGGGCUGGGGGCAGGGGGGCUGGUGUCGAAUGGCUACAACAUUUUGCCGACUACAGAUGGCAGUGGUGCUGAUUGCUUUGACAGGUGAGUAAACCAGCUCCAAUCUAUCCUGAGGAUCUGCACUGUAGAGCUGUUCUGGGUACCGACUGUCUUUGCCUGGAUUCUAAAAAAAGCCUGAGACAAAAGCUUACAUGCAACUGACCUAUUUGGGAAAUGAUCCCAGGAUGCAGAAGGUGUGCAGGAGUUACACAGAAAAGAGGGAAGCCAUGGGCAACGGGUAGUCGAUCUCCAAGAGGAACCUCUGGAAUGCUGCUCAGAACUGUCUACCCAAGGGAUGAAAGGAGGAAACACUUAACCGCCAGCCAAAUGUCCACCAUUGGUUAAGGGUGGUUCCAUGGGAACUGUACCAAGUGAAUUCUGUGGGAAUCUUGCAGUGAAGGUACAGUGGAAGGUAUAUAGCAGGAAUCCAAAGGAAGGUGCUGGGUAUUCUCUGAGAUCCUGGUCGAAGACUGAAUGGAAACAGUUGCUAGACCUGUGGCUGGAGCUGAGGGCAGGCCAGAGAGCAUCUGAUAUGGGGCCCAGGGGUUUGGAUACAUAAACCAAAGGCUCUAAGGCUAAACGAACGAACUGGGCACAUGUGAGGAAUGGAGAAGACAGGGUAGAUGAAAACACUGUAAACCUUGGGGAGUGUGGUACUGACUUGAAGUAGGCAGAGAACAGAUACCCUAGGCAGUUGCAAGCCUAUUUGAAUAAUAAAUUUGACACACAGGACAAAAUGUGCUCACUGCAGAGUAAGGCGGUCCAGUCAGCCUUCAAGGAGGAAGCAGCUCUCGAGAUGAGGCCCCAAAGUUCAACAAAGUUUGCUAAGAUGGGUUGGAAGUGCUAGUUUAACAGCAUCUGGAAGGCAAGGAGGCACGGGAUGCUUUUGCAAAAUUAGUCUAACAAAACUGUUAUUCUCUUUUUAAUUAUAGGUGCAUAUGCAAUGAUGAAAUAGGACAAAGAUGAAUUCCUUGUUUUUUUACUUCUAAAUAUUUAAAAUGAAAACUUGUUUCUUAUUAAAAGCUGAAGCCCUGAUGAUCUAUAAAUUUCCUGAGGAUUGGUAUCCAUAAUUUUCAGCAUCAAAUUACUACCUUUAUAAUAAUUUUUUGUGGGGGAGAGGAAUCAUAGGUCAACUAACUAUUCACUUUGACCACCAAUCAGGGAAAAAAAAUGAAGAACUCAGGGUUUAACUAAAAGUAGUUGCUAGAUUUCUUCCCAUUCAGCUGAUGAUGUACUGUAAGUUGGCUAAUUGAACAUAGUAAUAAAUAAUAAAAAAAAAAAGUAGUGGCUAGAAAUUUUAAAGAAAGUGUUAAUUUUUAUGUCAAGAUUACCUAGCCCUAAAUUAUUUAAAGAUCUUGUUACGUUCCGUGCUUUACUGACCCCUUUAGUGUUUCUCUCUACAACAUUUCAAGGAGACAUGACAUGAAGUGUUUCAAUUGAGUCACAGGAGUAUCAAAAGCAGCUGUUUGCAUCUGUUUGAGUAUUAUCUCCUGUGAAUCUUAAACUUAUUCAUUAGUAUUCAUAAAAACAAAAGCCAAAAUGUUAAACAAAAAAAUUAAGUGCCCAAAUAGAGCACAAAUUCCAACAAACAUUAAUUAGCAUGGAAGAAUUUGCAAAAAUGACCUUACAGAAAGAACACUAGCCCGUUUUCUAAAUGACCCAGAGGGACAGACUCUCUUGAAAAUAAAUUAUCACUAAGUAUUGAAUCUACACAUGACAUGAUGGUAUGAGCUGAACUGGGCUAGAAGAUAAUCAGGGUUAAUUCCUAAUUCAUACAAUCCUGAGAGUGGAUGGGGCUCUUAGAGGUAAUUAGUCCAGAGUUCCCGCCACUGCAAAAACUCUAAAACCCCUGGGAGCACCAGCAACAUGGGGCUCUUAGGGGCACCCAGGUGGCUCGGCUGGGUGAGUGUCCAAUGCUUGAUUUUGGCUCAGGUCAACAUCUCAUGCGGUCAUGGGAUCGAGCCCCAGUCAGGCUCUACACUCAGUUGGGUUCUGCUUGAGAGUCUCCCUCUCCCUCUCCCCUGCUCAUGCUCGCUCUCCCUUUCAAAUAAAUCAAUCUUAAAACAUGUGGCUCUUAGGUUGGAGGCUCUUGCUGAUAAUAAGUCAUUCUAUAUGGACUCUUAAAUUUGCUUUUAAUCUUUAAUUGGUAACUCUUAAUCUUAGGUUGCUUUUAGGAAAACCUAGUAAUUCUCUUCAUAAAUAUUUAUGGCAAAGUUUAUUUUUUCUUUUUUUAAAGAUUUUAUUUAUUUGACAGAGAGAGAUCCCAAAUAGGCAGAGAGGCAGGCAGAGAGAGAGGAGGAAGCAGAGAGCCCGACGUGGGACUUGAUCCCAGGACCCCGAGAUCAUGACCCGAGCCGAAGGCAGAGACUUAACCCACUGAGCCACCCAGGUGCCCCUAUGGCGAAGUUUAUAUAUGUUUACUACCCGAUUUGGGAGCUAAUGUCUGUGUCUGAAGUGUAAGAAUAAUAAAUUCUCAGUAUAAAUUCUUCUAUACUAGAUGAAUAGCUCCUUGAAGGCAAAACCAUAUGUCUUAAAGCUCUUUUAAUCCAGAGUGCCUUGCUUAUAUCAGGUUUUCAAAUGUUUGCGGAAUGAUGAGUGAAUACGGGUGCCUGGGUGGCUCAGUCAGUUAAGCGGCUGCCUUCAGCUCAGGUCCUGAUCCCAGGGUCCUGGGACAGAGCCCACUCUCAGCGUAGAGCAUGCUUCUCCCUCUCCCACUUCCCCUGCUUGUGCUCUGUCAAAGAAAUAAAAUUUUACCCCCAAAAAGAUAAAUGAGUGAAUAAAUGAACAGAAAU